AUUACCAAAAAGUGUUACAUUUUUCGAUGUUUGCUCGGAAAAGGACUAAGUUAUUCAUGAGUGUGUUUAGAAACGUAGAAGCAUGUCGCGCGGCGCUGUGGCUGGCGCUUGUGUGGUGGUGUGCGAGCGCGCACGCCGCCCCGGCGCAGCUGUGCACGGCGGGCGCGGAGGACGACCCUCGCGCCGCGCGAUUUUGCCAGGCGCUCAACACCUUCCUCGAGCUGUACGCGGAAGCGGCCGGUGAGCAGGUGCCAGAAUAUCAAGCUCUUGUCCGGGACUACCCUCAGCUCCUCGACUCCGGCAUGAAGCGGCAGGACGUAGUUCACUCGUUCCUGCGAUUCGGGCGCCGCUGACCUGCGCACGCCACAGACCAUCAACACAGAUUAACCCGCACCGUAAACCACUGAAUGUAUUAUAUCGCCUUAGAGUAUAAUAUUAUGUAAUCAUAGACCUUACUUAAACACUUUGUCCAAAGCAUUGUUUUAUAGAACGUGGACGUAGCCAGCUGUUUAUCAAAGGGUGGGUAUUGGGACAGCUAAAUAUAGCUAUGUUAUGUUGUAUUUCAAAACACCCCGCUUUU